GCAAGAAAUGGACCUCGUCGUCAAGGUUCCGCAGGCGCACGACCUCCGGAGCUCCAAGUUCUUUGGGAACGUCAAGCGCCCGUACGCGCUCGUGCGCUACGCCCACGACAGCGCCCAGACCGACGUCGACCCGGCUGGGCGGGAGGCGCCGCGCUGGAAGUUCCGCCACCGCUUCGCCAAAAUCAACGUGGCCGCCUGCCCGUACCUCCAGGUCGACGUCUACGAUCUCGAUACGCACGACGGGCCGGGCGCUGCGAUCGGGACGUGCGAGGUUCCCGUGCCCACGAGCCCGUCCUGCUUCCAGCAGUGGUUCAAGCUCUCGCUCCACGACAAGAUCACGGGCUACAUCUACAUCGUGCUCGAGGUCGUGGCGCGGCGCCGUCGCGACGGCUCUAGCCAGCGGUCCAUCGACAGCGCCGAACGCCGAUCAACCGCGAGCGUCGAGCGUCGGGCCUCCGAUGAGCGCCGGGCGACUGCAAGCUCCGAGCGCAGGUCUACGGCCAGCCUUGAGCGGCGACCCGAGCGGCGGCGCGACAGCGUCGUUUCGACCGCGUCGUCCAGCGGCAGCAGCGGGUCGGCCAAGAAGAAGACGGCGCUGCUGUCAUCGAGCUCGUCGCUCAGCGCGUCGUUCCUCCAGCGCACGGCAAGCCUGCCCGAGACAAUUCCUCGCAUCGACCCCGCUAAUCUCCGGAUGCGGUCGGCGCUCGGUCGCGGCGCGUACGGCUCGGUUGCGCUGUGCAUCUACAAGAAGCGUCCUGUCGCUGUCAAGACGUUCCACGUCACGAGCGGCAACGUCAACGGCGACGACCACGAGUCGUUUGCAAAGGAAGUCGGCGUCAUGUACCGCCUCAGCUCGUUCUACACGGUGCAGCUCCUCGGCAUCUCGCACAACGAGCACGACCAGCCGCAGAUCGUGAUGGAGUACAUGAGCGGCGGCAACCUGCACGAACAUCUCAAGCUGCUUGGCGCCACUGACGACACCGACCACGACGUCACCUCGCUACUCUUCAUUGCGCUGAGCGUCGCCAAAGGCUUGGUGUACCUCCACAACCAAAGCAUCAUCCACCGCGACCUCAAGCCCGCCAACGUGCUCCUGAGCGACGACAAGGUGUCGGUCAAGCUCGGCGACUUCGGUAUCUCGCGGCAAUAUGACGUCGAGUCGAUGACCAACGGCAUCGGCACGACGCCGUGGAUGGCCCCCGAAGUCAUCAGCAGCGGCAACUACACGGUGCAAGCCGACAUCUACUCGUUUGGCAUCCUCCUCACCGAGCUCGAUACGCUCAAAGCGCCGUACGCCGGCGAAAAGUGCAGUCCGUUCGUCCUACAAGGCAGAGUCCUCAACGGGUACCGGCCCGCGCUGCGCCCGACAGCACCAGCUUGGUACAAGCGCCUCGUGGCCAGCUGCGUAGCCACCGACCCAAACAACCGCCCGACGGCGGCCGAGAUUGUCGAGAUCCUCACCGACCAGAUGCCAACGUCCCGCCGCCUGGUGCUGCCAUCAGUGACACUGCCCCAGAUCCCGCCGUCCGAGGUGGCGCCCGUCGGUGUUGUCGGUGGCAACGCGUUCAGCUCCGUCGCCCGCGGGAUUUACGGCGACCGUAUGGUCGCGAUCAAGACGUUCCUGACGCUGCACCCAUCGAGGGUCGAAGCGGCGGCCAACCGCAUGGCACGCCUUGGGUCCGAGCACACGGUUGAGCUUCUCGGCCUCGCCGGCUCGACGCUCGUGAUGGAGUGCAUGCUGAAUGGCAACCUGCGGCAGUUCCUCGCACAGAAAGCGCGGCAGGCGUGGCCGGCCCAGGACCUGCGCAACGUCCUGUAUGUCGCGGUGGCGCUCGCUAAAGGGCUGGCGUUCUUGCACGCGAACGACCAAGUCCACGGCAGCCUCGUGCCGACCAACGUCCUCUUUGAUGCCAAGGGCGUCGUCAAGCUCAGUGACUUUGGCUACGACCGCGACGACGACGACGUGACGGUGAGCGGCGCGUCGACGAUGGCCUACCUAGCGCCCGAAGUGCUCUUGGGGCAGCCGCCGUCGUUUCCUGCCGACGUCUUUGCCCUUGGCGUCCUCUUCACGCAGCUCGAGACGCUCCAAGAGCCGUAUGCUGACAACCACAGUGCGCUGACAAAGAAGGUCGCGCAGGUCUCGGCCGGCUUGCUCCGACCGACGCUGAGUCCGUCGUGCCCCGCCUGGUUCCGGGACCUAUCGCUUCUGUGCAUGGCCCAAGACCCGACUCGUCGUCCGACGGCCGCCGACGUUGUCCAGCUCCUGAGCGACAAUAUGCAGUAGCUAGUAUAAUGGCGCCAACUAUGUAUUAUUUGCUAUGUAAUA